AUGUCUUCCGACGCUGCUGAUGCUCCAGAGGCGGCCAAGAACUGCCCAAGCGUCCUAGAAAACGAAGAUGAUCGCGAAUUGCUGAAGCUCGGUUACCGCGCCGUUCUGGCGCGAGGAUGGGGCUCCUAUGACAAUUUUGCCUGCUCGUUCUCUGCACUCUAUCCUAUCGGUGGGAUUCGGUUGUUGUAUUACAUUGCAAUCAGCGGAGGUGGUCCUGCUGCGAUGUGGAGCUCCUGGGUUUCAGGUAGCAUUCUUUCGAUCAUCACCGCCGCCUGUCUUGCUGAAGCGUGCUCCAGCUACCCGGCCGCGGGGUCGAUCUACUACUGGGCAUUCCGUUCCUGGGGUGGCGGACGCGUUGGAAGAUUCAUAAGUUUCAUGGUCGCAGCUUGGACGUUAGUUGCAUGGACAGCAUUCCUUGCAAGUGAUUGUUUUGGUGUUGCCAACUACUUGGUAUCAGAGGUAGUUGUGUUCAACCCAGACACGAGCUUCCCCUACGAUACCUCAGAUGUCCGUGCACGAGCUAUCGCCUGGGUCUUCUCGCUGUUCUUCUUGGCAGUUGCCACCAGCUUGAACUUCCUCCCAUCGCGCAUGUACUCAUGGGUGUUUCGUACGGGUGUUAUCGUGAUUGUUUUCGAUAUGCUGCUCAACUUCAUCUGGCUCCCAAUCGGUGUAUCGCAAACAUAUGGGUUCCAAUCGGCCGAGUUUGUGUUUACUUCGACCUAUAAUGGCGGAGAUACUGCCCCAAGCCUCAACUGGGUCCUUUCAUGGUACAUGACUGCCAGCUGUUUGGUUGGUGAGGAUGCAUCGGGUCAUGUUGCAGAGGAGACGGUCUCGGCCAAGAAAGCCGCUGCGAAGGGUGUGUUCUGGGCAACGGUCGCUUCGGCUCUUUGCGGCUUUCCGAUCAUUAUCCUGUUCCUCUUCUGCAUGCCACCCAUCGAGACCUUCUAUGAUACCAGCGCUCCCCAGCCAUUCACCAACAUGUACGCAUUGGCGCUAGGCCCGCACGCCCAUGUUGUCAUGACUAUUGUGUCGAUGAUUGGCGGUAUUCUCAACACUUCAAUCUCGCUGGUUGCGGCGUCUCGACUAGUCUUUGCAGUCGCUCGCGAUGGGAUCUUCCCUUAUAGCCCUGUCCUGGCUCGUGUUUCGAAGUCAAAGCAGCCCCACAACGCAGUAAUCUUCAUUUCGAGCAUUGCUGCACUUCUGCUUUGCACGCAACUGGCGUCCCAGGUGGCAUUUUCCAGCCUGAUCUCGACUUCGGCAGCUGGCUCCAUCGCGGCAUAUGGUCUUGUCGGUAUUGGUCGCACUUUCAUCACUCGAAAGUCCUUCCGCCCGGGCUUUUGGGACAUGGGUAGAUUUGGCGUGGUGGCCGCUGUCAUCACUUUUAUCUGGAAUGGCUUCGCAUUUGCGGUGCUCUGUGCGCCGGAAUAUUCCAACAACCAAAUCGACAAGGAGUCUAGUCUUUUCAACUACGCGAUCGUCAUAAUGGGUGGUGUCACCAUCCUCGCUCUCGCAGAGUGGUGGCGCAAAUCGAAGAACGACUGGUUCCAGCACCUUGAGCCUGUUGACUCAGCCUCCGAGACUGACAACUCCGUCCAGCGUGAGAAGAAGGAAUUUCCUUUGGCCGAGCCCCCCGCAGUUUGA